CCGACAACUUCGUCAUGCUGGGAGGGAUUUGCUACUUCUUCUCAUCGGAGACGGCCGACCAAGCCACGGCCAAAACCAAGUGUCCUGCAACGAGUUCACUGGCCUUCCCGUCUUCUGGUGGAGAACUGAACAGCUUGGUGGACUACAUAAAGAAAAACAAGGCUGACGUGGACAACUGGUACGUGGACCUGACUAUGACGAAUAAAAAGUGGUACUGGGGUGACCGCGUCAAUUAUAUGGGCGCUAUAGACAUCUACGGCGGCGACAACGAGUUAUGUGCCAGGCUUCGUGGCACAACCUAUGGGCUCGCGGACUGUCCUUGCAGCACAGACUACAACUUCAUCUGCCAGUAUACCGUGCAAACUUGAGGGAAUCAUUUUAAGAUAAGAAUCUUUUCGAGCAGGACAUUUCGGGAGCGAACCAUUUCGUGCAGGGCAUCGAGCUGGUCUGGCCCAUGAACUGGCAUUGCGUGAUUUUGCGUCUCAGAUGUAGUUGAAGAACUUAUGUUUUACGCUUAAUCAACAAUUUCCCAGGUAAUUUUCUUCAAUUUUUUUUAAAAUUUUUUAAUCAGGCCAGUUCAUACCUAACGGGUAUCUUUUAAAGAUCCUAUGGAAACUAUAUAUUGGAUAAAUAUAUUAUUUAGAACUCAUCGGAAUAUCUUCUAGAACAUUUACCCAUUUCUGCUUGAUUUAAAAAUAAAUUAGAGAUUUGUGUGUUUUGGUCCUCAGUACCCGAGAACUGCAGCAAACGAGUAGGGGUUCACAAGCACGUUGUGGUUCAUCUAUUCAAGCUGCACAAUUGUGAGGGUUGACUUUAUAUAUUCGCGUAUUUUUAUUGUAUUCAAUACAGAUAAUAUAUUAUUAGUAUUACCUGAACAAAAGGUCAUUUCAGUCGGCAAAAAUUCGUAGCCUUGGCAUCUUUAAAACUCACGUUGCUACAGUCUACGAUUUAUAUUAAUCCCAAAUUCAUUUAUGGGGCACAUAUAUUUAUAAACUGAAGUUCUGGAGUCAAUUUCAGCAAUGCAUUUUAUAUCCAUAACUAACUAUAUCCAGAACUAUUGGUUUGGAUUAACUUUAAUGAGAAACUAAGUUCAGCACUUACUGAGCAAAAUAUUUAUCGGCCUCAUCAUGUUUCACCUUUAAGUGAAGAAUGGACUCCAGACCAGUCAAUCUCGCGUUUCAUAAACUGAAAUUCACCGAAUAUAUUU